AUGUACAACUUGCUCUUACAACAAAAUGCUUUAAACCAACUCGGUGUACUCCUAAAUUCAAUAUACAAUUUAAAUCCAGACGUGGUCCACUGUGGAAUCCAAUUAAUCGUAGGAGAAACCGUAGAGCUUCUGCUGGAGUCAACAGAUUGGUAUUAUGGCUUCAGUCGAAAGAGAAAAGACAGACAUGGCAUCUUUCCGAAGAGCUAUGUACAUGUUGCUGAGUUUGCUGUCGAGAAAGCAGGAGGCAAGGAAAUGGUCACCUUAAAGCAACCAAUAAUUGUGCAGGAAAUCACAGCUGUCUUACGAGAAUGGGGCACAUUGUGGAAAACAUUAUAUGUUACUCACAGUCCUCACUUUGAGCAAAUCCAGAAACAAAUCUACGACUUGAUCCACUAUCGGAUAAAAAUUCUCUCAGGGACUCUGCCAGUGGACGAAGUGAAAGAGAUCAAACAAUUGGUCACAGCAAAAAUCGAUACUGGAAAUAAAAUUUUAGGUUUGGACAUGGUGGUCAGAGAUGACCAUGGAAAUGUCUUAAAUCCAGAUCAUACGUCUACAAUUCAAUUGUAUCAGCAACAUGUUAUGGCCACUGAGAGGAUAAAAAGGACCACGUCAACAGAGCCAAGAAGACGUUCCAACAAGCACAGCUCGCACAUAUAUUCCCACAUAUUUUUUGUGUCCGUGAGGAAUUUUGUGUGCAAAAUGCAAGAAGAUUGUGAAUUGUUGAUGACUUUAUAUGAUGCUAAAGAAUGUAGAGCAGUUACAGAAAAUUAUGUCGUCAGGUGGUCCAAACAAGGAUUGACUAGUGAUAUCGAUCAGUUGCACAAUUUAAAAGUUUUGUUCACGGAUUUGGGUUCAAGAGAUUUGACCAGAGAGCGUGUAUAUCUAGUUUGUUAUGUUGUCCGAGUUGGUUCCAUGGAUAGCAAAGACACUCUAGAUCACAGAAGGUCGUCUGUCUUGAACAGUUCUGCAUCUAAAAGUAUUUCUUCAAAUUCUCUUGGAUCCAAUAUCAGUGUUGGACCUGGGGCCAGGCAAUUUGAGGGAAUGCGUAGACCCUUUGGUGUUGCUGCAAUGGACGUAACACCAUUUUUGUGGGAAAAAAUGGAUGGUGAUGAAGAUAAGCACCAUUUUGUACCAUUUAUGCCUUGUGAAAAGGAUAAUUUGGAUAAUACGUUGAGGAAAAUAAUUAACAAUAAGGAUCAGGGUAAAAAUGACAAUAGAGGACAAGGACUUUGGGUCAGUGUCAAGUUGUUACACGGUGAUAUAAAACAGGUAAAGGAAGAAAAUCCAGCCCUGGUUUUAGGCAAUGUAUCAGUAGCCAGGAAAAUGGGUUUUCCUGAAGUAAUAUUACCAGGAGACGUUAGGAACGAUUUAUAUCUGACAUUGUUGUCUGGUGAAUUCUCUAAAGGUGCCAAAUCCACUGAUAAAAAUGUUGAAGUGUCUGUUACUGUUUGUGAUGAAGCAGGGAGAGCCAUACCUGGUGUUAUGACUUUAGGAGGUGGUGCUCCAACAUUAGAUGAGUAUAAAUCUGUGAUUUAUUAUCAUGUUGAUAAACCACAUUGGUAUGAAAUUUUUAAGGUGGCUGUGCCAAUAGACGAGUUCAAAGCCUCUCACCUUAAAUUUACAUUCAAGCAUCGUAGUUCAAAUGAAGCAAAAGAUAAGUCGGAAAAACCAUUUGCAAUGUCUUAUGUUAAAUUGAUGCAAAGUGAUGGGACCACACUCAGGGAUCAAACACACGAUUUACUAGUUUAUAAGAUUGACCACAAAAAGUAUUCAGAUAGUGACCUAGGCUACUUAGGGCUUCCAUCUCAUAAAUCAUGCGAGUCCUUAAAAGAAAACCACAAACCAAGCUGUCCAGGUUUAUCAUUAAGCUCAAAAGAUUCUUUUCGAAUUGCUACGAAUGUGUGCAGCACUAAACUAACACAGAAUGUUGAUUUGUUGGGUUUAUUAAAUUGGGCGAACCACAAGGAUACACUCAAGGACUCCUUGUUAGCUCUCAUGAAAGUUGACGGUGAUGAUAUAGUUAAAUUUUUACAAGAUGUACUUGAUGCCUUGUUUAAUAUUUUGGUUCAAAAUGAUGACAGUCAAGUAUAUGAUAACAUGGUAUUCGAAUGCCUAUUGAAAAUUUUAAGUUUAGUCAGUGAUAGAAAAUAUCAACAUUUCCAACCCGUCCUAGAUUUAUAUAUACAAGAAAGCUUUUCAGCCACUUUAGCUUAUCGAAAAUUACUGACAGUAUUAAAGUAUCAUAUAGACAAUGCUAAUUCUGCAGAAAGCCAAGAUUUAUUGUUGAAAAUUAUGAAGUCUUUGCAGUAUCUUGUUAAGUUUAUUGUUAGGUCUCGCUUGCUGUUUGCUGAGCUGUAUGAUAAUAAGAAUGAGAGUGAAUUUAAUGAUGACUUUCAGAACCUUUUUUGGAGUAUAACAGACAUGAUGUGUUACACAACUGGAGUAACCCUAUUGCCACAAGGGGCAUUUUUAAAAUACUUACCGACUACAAUUGAUGAUAUCUUGCAAGUCUAUAACGGAAAACAAUUAAGUAUUCUAAUAACAGAACUAAUCCAAAAAGUGCCAGCAAACAGACUAGCAAAACAAAAAAUCAUGACUGUGAAUUCUAUAGUUUUAAGUUCUUUGUUUCGACAACCUGAAUGCAGACAGGUUUUACUUCCAAUGAUCUGUAGGCAGGUUAAAGAUCUUUUAGAAACCAAAGAGGAGGGAGGGCACUGUGUCGGAGUGGAGUUGCGUAACAAGUCGAAAUCCGAAGCUAAAUUGGCUAAGAUGCUCGGGGAAUCUAAGCAGAGGCUGCACGAGCACAGGGGCAAAGUCAAUGAAAGAAUGGAAUGUUGUGCAAAAAUCUUAAGCGACACUAUGAACUUACUCUUCACAUCAGAUUUGGGUCCCACGAUGUCUGAUAUCAGAAUCAUCAUGUUAUCUUUACUCAGAACUGUUAUUCAAACCAUUGUGGCCAUGGGCAAUGAGAACACCAUGGUGGGUAAUUUUGUGGCAAUAAUGCUAGCAAUCUUUCGACAAAUGACAACAGUGCACUUUGAAGAGUACAUUGGUCACUUUGCAACCAGGACGGAUCUCCUUGAUUUUCUCAUGGAGAUUCUGAUGGUGUUUGAAGAUCUGGUAACGAGGGCAGUUUUUCCAGCGGACUGGUGCGAUAUGAUCAUGCUGCAGAAUUGUGUUGUGCUGAAGUGUCUCACACAUUUUUCACAUGCAAUGAAAGAACAUUUCUUCAGCUGCUUCGAUCACCAGGCCUGGAAUAAUUUCUUCCAUUGCACAAUUGCAUUUUUAACACAACCAGCUUUACAAAUCGAAACAUUCUCAUCUAGCAAACAAGCCAGGAUUAUUUCAAGGUACAAAGAUAUGAGAAGGGAAGCUGCUUUCGAAAUUAAAGCUAUGUGGAUUAAUUUAGGUCAAUACAAAGGACAAUUUGUACCAGCCUUAGUUGGUUCAAUUCUUGAAAUGUCUCUGAUACCAGACAAGGAAUUAAGAAAAGCGACUAUACCAAUCUUUUUUGACAUGAUGCAAUGUGAAUUCUACUCUUCGAAACAUCUACCAGAGUCCUAUGGAGACACUAAGAGAGAUUCAAGUCACAUUAAGGGAAGGUUUACUGAUUUUGAGAACGAGAUGAUUGCUAAAUUGGAUAUACUAGUCGAGGGUGGUCGUGGAGAUAGUCAAUACGCGCAACUUUUUAACCAAAUUUUAAUAAAAAUGUGUGAAUCCCAUAACAAUCUUUGUGAACAAGGUAAACAAUUUGUAAACACUGUCACAAGACUCAUGGAGAAAUUGUUGGAGUACCGUUGCAUCAUAAAUGAUGAAAACAAAGAGAAUAGGAUGGCCUGCACAGUCAGCUUACUGGAUUUCUAUUCUGAGAUUAACCGUAAAGAAAUGUACAUCCGUUACGUGAACAAAUUGUGCGAUUUGCAUUUAGAAUGUGAUAAUUAUACAGAAGCUGCUUAUACUCUAACUCUGUACAGCAAUUUAUUGACCUGGUCUGAUGUUCCUUUGUCACCAUUGCUAAAGUCACACCAGAAUGCUGCUGCAGGUUUACAGACUCAUCGAGAACUAAAGGAGUCUUUGUAUAAUGAUAUUAUACAUUACUUUGAUAAGGGAAAGAUGUGGGAAUGUGCUCUGGAGGUUUGUAAAGAGCUUGCAAAACAGUAUGAAGAGGAGGUAUAUGAUUAUACACAAUUAAGUGCUUUAUUAAAACAAAUGGCACAUUUUUAUGAAAAUAUCAUGAAGCAGUUGAGAGCAGAGCCUGAGUAUUUCAGAGUUGCUUAUUAUGGAAGAGGAUUUCCACCAUUCUUGCAAAAUAAGGUUUUUGUUUAUCGAGGCAAAGAAUAUGAACGUCUAUCAGAUUUCAGUUCUCGUACCUUGAAUGCUUUACCAAAUGCUGAACUUAUGUCUACAUUGACACCUCCUGGUGAUGAAAUUAAAGAAUGCAAUGGGCAAUAUGUGCAAAUAAAUAAAGUCGAGCCUGUGAUGGAAGAUAAGCAAAAUCGCUUUUCGGGGAAACCUGUUAGUGAUCAAAUAUUGAAAUAUCACAAAGUCAACAAUAUUAAGACUUUCAAGUUUUCAAGACCAUUUUAUCAAAGAGAUUCUUCUAUUGGUGAACAAAAUGAAUUUGCAACAUUGUGGCUCGAGAGAACUAUAUUAAAAAUUAGAUCACCUCUGCCCGGUAUCUGGAGGUGGUUUCCUGUAGACCAAACUCAAAAUUUUCAGAUAUCUCCAUUAAGAAAUGCUAUAGAAACAAUGGAAGCUGCAAAUAAGACUUUACGAGAUUUGAUAAUCAGUUACAAGAGUGAUCCUACUUUACCAUUAAAUCCUUGAUGGAGUUUAAAAUUAAAUGGAAUUGUGGAUGCUGCAGUGAUGGGUGGAGUGACAAAUUAUGAAGUAGCCUUCUUCACCGAUGAAUAUUCUGAAGCUCAUCCGGACGACACUAUGCUGAUUCAGAAAUUGAAAGAUUAUGCUUCACAAAUACCGUUACUAGAACUUGGAAUUACACUGCACAAACAAAGGGCUCCACCAAGUCUGAUGCCUCUCAAUAACAGGCUUGAGCAAUGCUUGCAAAUGAGAGCACACAUUGAAGAAAAAUAUGGAAAGAAGGUAUGA